AUGAACAAUUGCCUGGAUUAUCUCGCCUACCCUGUAAUCGUCUCUAAUCACAGGCAGAGCACGACCUUCAGGAAGAAACUGGACUUUGGCCACUACAUAUUUCACAAGAAUAGGAUACAAAUAGUGAAGCCUACUGUCGAUACCAAACCUCCGGUGGCACACACGCAUCACAUUUUAAAACUGAGCAAACUACAGGGUGAACAAAAGCGAAUCGACAAAAUCGAAUAUGAAAACAAGCAACUGUGUCAGAAAAUCGCAAACGCCCAUCGCGGCCCUGCCAGGGUGGAUUGUUGGAACGAAUAUUUUUCCAAGAGCUUGAACAGAGAAACAAGAAACCGGGAGCUAGUGAGAAUCACCGUGGAAAACCAGGGCAUUCUGAAGAGGCUUGGCGAUCGAAAACCGCACUGUGACCGCAGGUCAUCCGAGAUAGAUUGGCAGAAUUCAAGGCGCUAUAUCAGAAAUACAACAAAAUAUCUUCUCUCCCGAGAUGAAUAG